UUGAACACCCUUUCCUUAUUGCUGUAAGAGAUAAUAUAAUUUAUGGAAUUUCUCUGAACCCUGAGGAGAAGAUGAACGAUGCAAUGGUUCCAAUAGCAGGAGUUCAAAAUGGUGUUGAUGUUGACUUUGAUGACUCUGAACAGAUGAUUUAUUGGGUUGAAAAUCCGGGUGAAAUUCACAGAGUGAGGUCAGAUGGAUCCAACAGAACAGUUUUUGCUCCAGCAGCUGUUAUUGGUGCUCCUAUAGGUCUAGCAUUGGACUGGAUAUCCGCAAACCUGUAUUACAGUAACCCAGCGACUCAGUCACUUGAGGUCCUGAAGCUGCAUGGAGAUGUAAUGUACAGGAAAACACUGAUUACCAAUGAUGGCACCUCUCUGGGAGCUGGCACGCCGAUUGGUUUGACAGUUGAUCCAGCAAGAGGGAAGCUGUACUGGACAGACCAGGGAACUGACAGUGGAAUCCCAGCAAAGAUUGCCAGUGCAAACAUGGAUGGAUCAGGCAUACAAACCCUCUUCACUGGCAACCUUGACCAUGUAGAGUUCAUUACCAUUGAUAUUAAGGAACAAAAGUUGUACUGGGCUGUUACAAGCACAGGAAUGAUUGAGAAAGGCAAUGUGGAUGGUACAAAUCGUGUGACUCUGGUGGUUCAUCUUUCUCAUCCAUGGGGAAUUGCUGUGUAUGAUACCUUUCUGUACUAUACUGAUCGCGAUUAUGAAGUUAUUGAACGAGUUGACAAGUCCACUGGAGCGAACAAAGUAGUACUGAGAGAUAAUGUCCCAAGACUGAAGUGCCUGCGUGUGUAUUACAGAGACAAUUCUGCUGGUUCCUCAAAUGGCUGCAGUAACAAUAUUGGAGUUUGCCAGCAGCUUUGCCUACCUGUACCUGGUGGAUUAUUCUCCUGUGCCUGUGCUACUGGCUUUCAGCUAAAUCCUGAUAACAGAACUUGUUCCCCGUACAGUUCAUUUAUAGUUGUUUCUAUGCUUUCUGCAAUUAAAGGAUUUAGUUUAGAGACGUCUGAUCAUUCUGAAGCCAUGGUACCACUGGCAGGAAGAGGACGAAAUGCACUUCACGUGGAUGUUCACAUGCCUUCUGGUUUCAUUUACUGGUGUGACUUCAGUAGCACAAUUUCUUCUCAGAAUGCAAUACGUAAAAUUAAACCUGAUGGUUCUUAUUUUAGAAAUGUUGUUACAAAUGGCAUAGGACGAAAUGGGAUCCGUGGCAUUGCAAUCGACUGGGUAGCAGGAAACCUUUAUUUUACAAAUGCAUUCCUGACAGAGACUUUUAUCGAAAUUUUACGUUUAAACACAACUUAUCGACGUGUUCUGCUUAAAACUACUAUAGAUAUGCCAAGGCACAUAGUAGUCGACCCAAAAAACAGAUACCUGUUCUGGGCAGAUUAUGGGCAAAAUCCGAAGAUUGAACGUGCAUUUCUUGACUGCACCAACAGAACAGUUCUUGUGUCUGAGGGCAUUGUCACACCUCGUGGGUUGGCCAUAGAUCACAGCAAUGGCUACAUUUACUGGGUGGAUGAUUCCUUAGACAUGAUUGCAAGAAUUCAGCCUGAUGGUGGUGAUGUUGAAAUUGUGCGUUAUGGCAGUCGCUAUCCAACUCCAUAUGGUAUCACUAUCUUUGGAAAUUCUAUGAUCUGGGUGGAUCGAAACCUGAAAAAAGUCUUCCAAGCCAGCAAGGAGCCAGGCAAUACUGAUCAGCCAACAGUAAUACGAGACAACAUUAACUGGUUAAGGGAUGUUACCAUUUACAACAGUCACUUCCAGUCACGUUCACCCCUUGAUGUCAACAACAAUCCUUGUUUGGACAAUAACGGAGGCUGUUCUCAUCUGUGUUUUGCCCUGCCUGACAUACAGACACCCAAAUGUGGUUGUGCCUUUGGCACACUAGGCAGUGAUGGCAAGAGAUGUUCCAUUUCGACUGAUGAUUACCUGAUUUUUACUCUUGAGAAUGCCCUCAGAAGUAUCCACCUAGAUCCUCAAAAUCACAGUCCUCCCUUCCGCACAAUCAAUGUGUUAAGAACUGCAGUGGCCCUGGAUUUUGACAGCAUAAACAACCGUAUAUAUUUUACACAAAGUUAUCCUUCAGGGACAGGAAGAAUCAGUUAUGUUAGUAUUUACUCAGGAAUUGGCUCUCCGACAGUGAUUGCAUCUGGUAAGUGCACUGGAAUGUGGUACAGAGUAAUUGGAUAUCGAAAAAAAUGGGCUGCAGCACCUAGCACUAGCCCAGCUGAUAUUUUCACGCUAAUGGCCAAG